AUUCGUAGUCGAUGGAGGCCGAUCAUGGAGCAUGAUGCCGAUUAGCCAGAGUUUCUCACUAUAACAAUACUAUAUAUAGUGAAACGCAAGCACCUCUGCAGUUUCCGGUAGACGCUGCAGAUUUGACGGCGCCACCACCACCAUGCCGAAAUGCAGGCAGCGGCACUGCUACGCUCCUGGAUGUCGUACUGGUUAUGCCGGUGUCAAAACUGCAACGAAACUGUCUUUGUUUAGCGUGCCUAAAGAUGAAGAACGCAGGAAAGUCUGGGAUAAAAAUCUUCAUCGAAUGGACAAGCCCCUUGACGAGAACUGUUCCGUAUGUGAGCUGCACUUCGAGGAGCGGUAUAUUCUCCGUGACUAUGUGCAUAUCGUGGACGGCAGAGAGGUGAGGAUUCCACGAGGUGUUCCGAUGCUGAAGAGUGACGCAGUACCCACAAUCCUUCCCAAUAUUCCUAAGUACGUGAGCAUGAAGGUACCAUCUAGACGUGAACCUACUAAACGAGAGGCAUCCGCGGAAAGCGUAGCUACCAGCAAAAAGAAGAAACGUGAUGAGGAUAAUCAGGACCCAUGCACCAGCGCGGACUUGCCCGAUGUGAUCGAAGAUAUGUCGCCGAACCUUGACUGUGAAAACGUGCACAACUUAGUCACGCCAUCAGAAUAUUGGUCCAAACAUCGAUUCCCAUCCUUCGAAGGCGUUGUGUAUGCGCUGUCCGAACUAGAACCCUCAUCUGGCACUGUCACCUCUGAGAGGUCAGUGAUUUUCUCUGUCAGCGAAGCUCGAGAAGCUUCAUUCAAGACAUUUCUGAUGGGGAAAACGGUUGCCGAAGGAACUGUAAGGACGGUUUCAGAAGCGGAGAGAGCAUUACAUUGCGCUUCUGAACUUCUGAAAUGCCCUGGUGCAAUGUCUUCCACUGCAAUGAAGACAGCAGACUUGACGGACGCCCUUCGAAGCCGAAUUACCCUGGUUGGCGGUGCUUUCCACAGCAAGGAAUGCACAGGGAUUGCAGCAACAGAGGGGACACCAUGCGUCUUGUGCCUGAACUUACAAAAGGCUUUGCUGUCCAGGGCGUCCAGGCAAUCUCUGUUACAGUUACAACGGCGCCUUCGCAAACCAUUCAGGCCAUCUGCGCCGAAGCUGAGAUUGUUGCUACAAAAUCACAAACUGCGAAUUUCCUGAGCUUGAAGGGCCUGAGCCUGAAAUGCCAGAAUUAAAGAGGAAUUCUUGGCAGAAAAAAUCACAGUGCUACCCCUAAACAACAAGAGGCUGUGCGUCACUGCAUUGCGUCAGCGAAGAGAAAAGGCACCAAAGGCAUGCGUUUUACUAGCGAGUGGAUGCUAGAAUGCAUCUUAAUGAAAAUCAAAAGCCCAAAGCUUUACAGGCACCUGAGAAUUAACAACAUUCUUGUCCUUCCCAGCAACACCACUAUAAAAAAAUACACAAGUGCUUACAAAGGUGGAUUUGGCUUCAACAAGAAAAUGCUAGAAGCGUUGAAAGAAAAGACAAGCACAAUGGACAAUUUCAGGUGUCACAGGGGUCUUUUGUUUGAGGAUAUGAAGCUGUCGAAGCACCUUUCUGUUGAAACUGGAAACUGCGAGGCUUCGUAGACUUGGGUCCCUUUACUCCGCCCCAAGAUGCCAGCCUGCCCUGUGACCGUGGCAUGGUUGUUACCUGUGUCUUUGUGGAUUUCGUGACAUGUGACGGAGCCUCGUGGAACCGUCGAAUGUGGACAAUAAUGAGCAUUCAAGGAACUGCGAAUAAUGUCACGUGCAAGGUGAAGCAUCCUGCAGAUUCAAAAAGAAGCCUUCAUUUUUUGUCGGACUUCCCACAUCUCCUGGAAUGCCUCCGCAACUCAUUGCCGAAAGGCGGCUUCAACACACCAGACCGGCGGGUGCCCACAUAUUUUGUCCGUGAAGCUUACAACUACGACAAAGACUGAAAGCAGUGCCCGGGUCGACCACCAGCCAUCUUGGACCAAAUUCUUUUGAGAAGAUGAGAGUGUCCCUUGCGUUUCAGUUGUUAGGCGAUUACAUCUUGCGUGGCCUCCAUCAUUACAAGAUCUCAUCGAGACAAGUUACAGAAAGGGGUCCCUGGAUGGUACAGAGUCAUUCUUCAGAUAUCAAAGAGAAACUUCGGUAAAUGCAUGCUGUCAGUGCUGUGAAAGAGAACUGCACCAUGCAAGGACUCCAAAAAAAAAGGCAAAGACCUAAAAAGAGCAUGCGUAACGAGAUGGGUAGUUAAGCUAUAUUCAAUUGUGCCUUCGGUGCGAUAUCCUCUUUUUUUUUGUGCUGUCAUAAUUUCUGUAAUUAUAACUUGAGUCACCUAAUCCAGGAGCUAUUAUGACUGUGCUGUCACGGCUUUGCUCCUGGCGCCCAGCGUGGUGCUUUGCCUCAGUGCACACGUCUCACGUGUGCGCCUUCAUUACUUGUCAAGACUAGGGUGCAUUAGAAUAGCCUUGGGCAAUUAGUCGAGACGCAGAAGCUCCUAUUUGUGGCUAUUAUACCUUAUGAUACUGCGACGCCCACAUUAUUUGCUAUUGUUAGCACUCGCAUUUCGUCUUUGUAUUUGAUCCUAGAACAAGCAGGAAAGGUCGUGCGCCUGUCUGUGCCAGUAUGUAAAAGUAAAGCCAUCAUUGCACUGACUUGUCAUCACUGCGUGAUUUCAGUCCCUAUUUUCUAUAGAAAAACAAAUCAGCAAUAAAGCGUCCAUAACGUAUAAUAGAUCCAUUAACUUCCUGUUGAUAAUUUAUUCGAUUCCAUUUUCUUGUUAGCGUAGAAU